CGGGAGGCCGAGAAGGGUGUCGUUGCUUCGGCCGUCGCAUCCGUGAGGGAGUCGUGUUGGCUUGCCCCGGGCCCCCAAGCUCGCCGAUCGCCCCAGACGCUCGUGUGUGCGCUCCCGACCUCGCCAGCCGUUCGCUGCUCGGCCGCCGACCGUGCCUUCUGCAUCAUGUGCGGUAUAUUUGCUUACUUAAACUACCAUGUUCCUCGCACAAGACGAGAAAUCUUGGAAACCUUGAUCAAAGGCCUUCAGAGACUGGAGUACAGAGGAUAUGAUUCUGCUGGUGUGGGAGUUGAUGGAGGCAAUGACAAGGAUUGGGAAGCCAAUGCCUGCAAGAUCCAGCUCAUUAAGAAGAAAGGGAAAGUUAAGGCACUGGAUGAAGAAGUUCACAAACAACAGGAUAUGGAUUUGGAUAUAGAAUUUGAUGUACACCUUGGAAUAGCUCAUACCCGUUGGGCAACACAUGGAGAACCCAAUCCUGUCAAUAGCCAUCCCCAGCGUUCUGAUAAAAAUAAUGAAUUUAUUGUUAUUCACAAUGGAAUUAUCACCAACUACAAAGACUUGAAGAAGUUUUUGGAAAGCAAAGGCUAUGACUUUGAAUCGGAAACAGACACAGAGACCAUUGCCAAGCUUGUUAAGUACAUGUAUGACAAUCGGGAAAGUCAAGACAUCAGUUUUACUACCUUGGUGGAGAGAGUUAUCCAACAAUUGGAAGGUGCUUUCGCACUGGUAUUUAAAAGUGUUCAUUUUCCUGGCCAAGCAGUUGGCACAAGACGAGGUAGCCCUCUUUUGAUUGGUGUACGAAGUGAACAUAAGCUCUCAACUGAUCACAUUCCAAUACUCUACAGAACAGGGAAGGACAAAAAGGGAAGCUGCAAUCUCUCUCGUGUGGACAGCACAACUUGCCUUUUCCCUGUGGAAGAAAAAGCAGUGGAAUAUUACUUUGCUUCUGAUGCGAGUGCUGUAAUAGAACAUACCAAUCGUGUCAUCUUCCUUGAAGACGAUGAUGUUGCAGCGGUGGUAGAUGGCCGUCUUUCUAUCCAUCGAAUUAAACGGACUGCAGGAGAUCAUCCUGGACGAGCUGUGCAGACCCUCCAGAUGGAACUGCAACAGAUCAUGAAGGGCAACUUCAGUUCAUUCAUGCAGAAAGAAAUUUUUGAGCAGCCCGAGUCCGUUGUGAACACGAUGCGAGGAAGAGUCAACUUUGAUGACUAUACUGUGAAUUUGGGCGGUUUGAAAGAUCACAUUAAGGAGAUCCAGAGGUGUCGGCGUUUGAUUCUUAUUGCCUGUGGGACGAGUUACCAUGCUGGUGUAGCAACACGUCAAGUUCUUGAAGAGCUGACUGAGUUGCCUGUCAUGGUGGAGCUUGCCAGUGAUUUCCUGGAUAGAAACACUCCAGUUUUUCGAGAUGAUGUUUGCUUUUUCAUUAGUCAGUCAGGUGAGACAGCAGACACCUUGAUGGGUCUUCGGUAUUGUAAGGAGAGAGGAGCUUUAACUGUGGGGAUCACGAACACCGUGGGCAGUUCCAUAUCAAGGGAGACAGACUGUGGCGUUCACAUUAAUGCUGGGCCCGAGAUUGGUGUGGCCAGCACGAAGGCUUACACCAGCCAAUUUGUAUCCCUUGUCAUGUUUGCCCUCAUGAUGUGCGAUGACAGGAUCUCCAUGCAAGAGAGACGCAAAGAGAUCAUGCUUGGACUGAAGCGACUGCCUGAUUUGAUUAAGGAGGUACUGAGCAUGGAUGAUGAAAUUCAGAAACUGGCAACAGAACUUUAUCACCAGAAGUCAGUCUUGAUAAUGGGACGUGGCUAUCAUUAUGCUACUUGUCUUGAAGGGGCACUGAAAAUCAAAGAAAUCACUUACAUGCACUCUGAAGGCAUCCUUGCUGGUGAAUUGAAACAUGGCCCUCUGGCACUGGUGGACAAGUUGAUGCCAGUUAUCAUGAUCAUCAUGAGAGACCACACUUACGCCAAGUGUCAGAACGCUCUUCAGCAGGUGGUUGCCAGGCAGGGACGCCCAGUGGUGAUUUGUGAUAAGGAAGAUACCGAGACCAUUAAGAACACAAACAGAACAAUCAAGGUGCCCCACUCAGUGGACUGCUUGCAGGGCAUCCUCAGUGUGAUCCCCUUGCAGCUCCUGGCUUUCCACCUUGCUGUGCUGAGAGGCUAUGACGUUGAUUUCCCCCGGAACCUUGCCAAAUCUGUAACUGUAGAAUAAGGAGCAUCUGCAACUCUGGGCGGUUGAGCAACACAAGACACCUUUUGUAUUUAACACCUUGAUUUAAAAUACCACCCUCUGAAGCCUUUUUUAGUAAAUCCUUAUUUAUAUAUCGGUUAUAAUUAUUCCACUCAAUUUGUGAUUUUUGUGAAAUUACCUCAUAUUUUUCCAGUAAUUUGUGGGGGAGUUUAAAUAAUGGAAUUUAUAUUGGAAUUGUUAUCACAAAGAGAUUCAGCUCUCAUUUUCUUCCAAGGAUGCCGGGUGUUGAAUUUCUGGGCCCUGCACUUCAAUCUGGGAAGAUUGUGUGUUUUUAGAAUAAUUGGCCUUUGUUUUUACUGUGCUUCUCUUCAUUCAGCCCAAAGAAAGUAUAGUACAUUUAAUUGGGAUAUCUAAAGACAGAGGCAAUGUAUGUAUGCAAAUGCGUAGACAUUUGAUUAAGGUUUGUUAAGUUUACGAAUUAAGAGAAGAUGCUGUGAUUUGUUUUGAAAUUUGUGUUUUGUUUUUAAAUCACACUUGUAGAACUUAAAACUGAAAGCUUUUCUUAGUAAGUUGGGUUAACCUGAGUGUCUCUGACCUGUUGCUUGUUAUGUGGAGGUCUAGUUAGAGUUAAGGUAGGAAGCUAGAGUAUAGUAGUACAUUGGUUUUCUCCACUCUUAACAGCAAGUAUUUGCACAAUUUUAUAGCAGAAACUUUAAUUUUGAGCUGCUUAGGACAAUUGACAACAUGAUUUUCUGUGUGAAGUUGGGGGACCUCCAGGUGGGGCGUCCUGUUCCUAGUUUUUCCAUCUUCUAAAACUGGUUUUUAUUUCCUUGUAUCUGUAGUUUUUUUUGUUCCUUGUGUUUUUGUUUUUGUUUUUUUAAUGACUUGUUUUUGGAAAUCACCACACAAAGUUGCUGUCAUGUGUCUGAGAUUAAAUCAGUACUGAUAUAUGCAGAGUUCUCUAAUUUUUGUUCUGAGGAAAAAUUGCUUGCAGUGAAUUUUAACUUUUUACUGCCUUGUUACAUAAAACUCAUACCAGCCUGCCAGUUGGAAGUUCUUUGUAGUUUGGAAGAUUUGCAAGGCUUUUGACUAAUCAUUUGAUUGUAAAUGUAUGUGCUGAGCUAGAUUUAGAGAAAGCUGUAUGUUUUACACUGAUGCUAGUGAAGGAUUGCAUCAAAUAUAGAAUUAUUUCCUAGGUAUACUUCUCUACUGUCUGUGUUCCACCCCUGAAAUCUAUUUAGGAAUGAAGAAGAUACAAAUGAAUAAAGUGGUAUCAAGGUGCCUUCAGCUGGUUUAUGUCAGAAACAGAAUUUAACAAUUUAGAUUAAAAUAGAGUAGAAUAUUAGUUUAACACCCAACGUGUUGUGAGUAAUCAUUUCUUUACAGGGCUUUUUGGCCAAAUCUUGGGGGUUAUAGAGCAGUGUGUUUGUGUUUUGGUGAAGUCCUUCUCUUUUUAAAGUUUUUGCCUUUAAAUUGUGAAGGUGAGAUAUUUAGCAUAGUUAUUUAAGUAAAUUCAGGCUUUUUCUUUUUUCUGUGUUUGAAUUUCUUGGUGAGGUUAAGAUUUUCUAAUAGCUAUUGCUGCAAGGGGAGCACAGAAUUCUGCUUGUGUAUUAGGGUUAGAAAAAUACUUAGCAUAUUUUGAGGUACUUUGGAAGGACUGUCCUAGAUGGAGACUAGAAACCUGGUUGUUUUUAAAAAUAAAAUAAUGUUACUAUUUACAUCA